UCAGAGAGCUUAACCAAAACAAUCUGUCUGUAACUGGCUCAGGCCCACUGUCGGCAGCGAAAGAGAAGGAGGAGGAGGAGGGGAGGAUGGGUUUUCAAAGUUUUCCCCCCACUACACACUAGUCCAGCCAUUCUUCAACUUGCAGUCUGUGCAGAGGAACCUACUACAACGUGGAGGAGUGGGAAGACACCUUAGAACAGAUUCUCUAAUCCGUGUGAAUCCUUGUAAAACUGGCUUUAUUCUGCUGUUUUUAGACAUUCGAUCCAAACCCAUCUGGAGUCAAUCAAGUGCCAACAAUUCUCAUAUGUGACUCUUCAUGUUGGAAGGUAUCCAGUUGGAGGAUGGAUCACUCAGUGCUUUGUUGCGUUCUCACCUGGGCUGUUAUUCUACAGCAGAAUGGAGCCAUCUAUGCCACCCAUAUCUUCCCCAAUCUAUCCAUGGAGGGUAGUGGGGACUGGGAUGAAGAUAAAUCUGAACUGAUGCCCAGCCCUAGUGUCAUCUCUGACACUCCAGAAAUUCUCGAGCCUACAGUUUUCAUCACUGAAGGAGAAGUUACCCAUAUGGAGCAAUUUCUCUUGACCAGGAUGUCGGACUUCUUGAGAGAAAAUCUGUUUCUGAUCCUGGUCGUGACCUGCCUGAUUGUUCUUGUUGUUUUUAUUGUUUGCUCUGCAGUUGUGCUGAGCAACAGACGGAAGGUCAGUGCCUACUAUCCUUGCUCUUUUCCCUCCAAAAUGUAUGUUGAUGAGACAGAUAAAACCGGUGGUGAGCCAGUCUUCACCAGUGUUCCUGAGAAAGUGACCAGCAGCUCUGUUGAAGAACCUGCCAACUCAGUCAAGCAGCUUCAUGAAGACAUUAUGUUAGCUGCCAGAAAUCUUCGGAGCCCCACUAAAACGCCAUGGAGGGAGGAGAAGGAUGAAAAGAAACCUGCUGAAGCAGAAAGCCAACCUCAAAAUAAUGAGGAGAGCGAAGAAACACCUCGUUCAUGUGAGGACAGUAACACACAGGAGGCUGUAAGUGAUGAGGCUCAGGAAGAAAUUCAGAAUUCCAGCAUGUCCCAGGACGCAGAGCCUGUUUGCCACAUGGAAAAGACUGACCCAGCCAGCCCUGACCUCCCUCCAGAGAGUGAACAUCCAUCUGGCUCAGACGGCUUGGAGGCACGAGAGGAAACAGACAAACAGGAAGUUACUGCUUCGCCGUCAUACAUCAGCGAAGAGAUGACAGCAUUUUAAGCUUUUAAAUAUUUUUUUAUAUUUGUAUAUAAUUAAAGAGCAAAGUGCAUAUUUCUAGAUAUGCGAUAUUGGUACGUGUCUUGAAAAGCCUUAUAAGUAUUAUUUUGGGGUGUAAAAGCAUAUUUAUAAUUCAUAUCUACAAUAUGGAUACAUAAAAAGGCCUUAAAGAAACAUUAUAUAGCAUUUUUACCUCAAAUAUACAGCUUCAUCCUAACCAUUAGGAUGCUUCCAUGACUUGUUAUAUAGAGAAUAGCGGCUCUAUCGCUGUUACUCCAGGCUUAGCUUAGCAUGCUGCUAACUGCACUGUGCAACUUUGGAGACAUGGGGAGGAAAACGCUUGCAGAAAUUGUAUAACUCUGUGUAAUCGAAGUCAUAUUUUUGUAAAAUCUUGUAAUAUUACUCUACAGCUUCAGUCCAUUUGUUUAUUUCAUAUUAAGUAAUUGUUCUGUAUCUUUUAGCUUGUACAGAAAUGCAUGUAGGAAGCAGGUCUUUCUAGAGAAGUGGCUCAAAGCACUAAUGCUCUCAGAGCAUUAACUCCGAUGUCUGAGAAUCUAAGAUGGCUGCACCACAAAUCAACAGUUGUAAAAGUAGUAAUUUUACACAGUACUGCCCAACUUCUAUCUUUAGACAGGUUUCCCUCUGUUUAAACGUGUACAGUAUUGUAAAAAGCAUUGUAAUCAGCUGGUAUCGCUAACAGUUCUUACGUGGGACAUAAAAAAAGCAUAUUUUGAUUGGAUUCACUUUUAAACACAAGUAUUUGUAUUGUAAAAAAACAGCUGUGAUAAACUUCAACUCCAACAAUUUAUUUGUAAAUACUCUAAAUGUAAAGUGUAAAAUUAUCUGUGUAUUUAACUGAAACACCAUCAAAUCGAACACCAACCAUCAUUCCUAGCUCUGGAGGUAAAAGAAACAUAGCACAAUUCCUCUUCCUGACUGUAGUGGGACUCCAGUAGCAAGACAUGCCCUCUCUCGCAUAAAGCAGCUUUAAAAUACUUCAGCAUACAAUAAAAAGACUGAAAAAAGCUGAAGUUGACUUCUUAUUUAGCAGCUUCAAAAACCCACUAAACUCCAGGUCAGCUAAGCAAUACUUGUUUACAUAAAUACACCCCCACCUUUGCUUUUGGCAGACCCCCCAGUUUGAAUGACACAUCUGAAGAUACCACAGCCUGCUAGCUCAUUUGUGGCCUUCAGAAAGCAUUCUGUAAUCCAUGUCUUGGUUAAGGCUUGUGGGUAUUGGUUAGUUUUAAUUGUUAGGUCUUUAGAGAGUUGCUUAGAUUUGCUCAUGGUUACUGAGUGUUAACAGAGUUAACAAGGCCACAAUGUAAGAAAAGGAAAGUAACUGUUUACUGUUGUGAUAAUAUAUACACUCAUGCCUGAAAGUAUUAGCACCCCAAAAAGUGUUUUGCUAUGCAACAAAAAAGCAGGGAAAAAUCUAGAGCUUUUUGGUACAGUACUAAAAUGUUUACUAAAAAUGGGAUAAGGCCUGUUCUGCUGCCUUUGGCACUGGGUGCCUUUACAAUGUGCAAGGCAUCAUGAAAUCUGCAGAUUACCAAAGUUUUUCUGGUCACAAUGUUGGGCCCAUUGUCAGUUUUUUGUGUUGUUCCAGUACACACAAAGGAAAUAAACACGUGUAUUACAAAAUGUGUAAUUUUACAAUAAUAAUUAAUUUUCUGGUAUAAUUUUAGGGGUGCUAAUACUUGCUUUCAGCCAUGACUGUAUGUCCAGCAAAUCAUCCAGACUUUUUUUACUUGAUCUGGUUUGUGACAACAGCUAAAUCUACAAUCCAGCUAAAGUUGAGGAACGUUGAUAUGUAAAUACAUAUGUUAUUAUGCAAAUUUGAGAAGCUGUGGAAUUUGAUAUGUAACAACUGUAGGACUGAAUUAGGUGCUUGGAGGGAAUUGGUACUUGCUGUGAGUCAGUCAGAACAUACAGAGGCAGGAUGUAAAGUUAACAGCUGUACUGGAACUCCUCUUCACUACAGCAUAGCCACACAUAGCAUUAGUUGGAAUAAGGAAUGCACCAAUAUGAGAACUCUGGGCUUAUACCAAUAUCUAAAAAUACAUGGGUACCUAUCUGCUGGUGCUGAUGUCAGUGAUGAUAUACACAUUUAUAACUUACAGAGAGAUGAGACACCCAAGAAACGUUAUAACUUUAAAACUCAUAAAAAAAAAUAAAAAUCAACUUAAAUCAAUACAUUUUAAAAUAGCACGGCCAGCGCUGACCAAUUGAAGUAGUGCGGCCAGUGUUGCUUGGUCCUUUUUGGAUAUAAUAUAUAGGUCAGUAAAUAAAGGUUUAAAAUACUGGCCAUAUUGAUGAUACUAAAAAAGCAAUUAUCAAUAAUUCCCAUAUCUUUGUGCAUCCCUAGUUUGAGUGUGUGGCUAAUACACAAAGGGGGAAAUAGACUAUGUAUAAAAAUUCAAGGCUGAUAAACAAUUCACAAAUUGUGAAAAAAAACCAAAACAUAAACAAGUAGAUAUAAAUCUAGGCAAAACAGCAGCAAUAAUCCCAACAAACAGAGAGUCAGUAGCACACUAGCAUUAAAUUAAGGCUUUAUGUAGCUGUGCUAAUCUGGCUAACAACACAGAGUACUUUUAUUUAAGGCUAAUAAGAGAAUAAUAACAGUGUUUUACUUAUCCUAAAGGUUAUAUUAAUAGUAUAAAGAAAGAAGCUGAGAACUCUUGUGAAGAUAUGAACUUACUUUACUCUCAUGAACACAGCCAAAGCAGGUUUUCACUGCUUUGUUCUCUCUGUGAUUAGUACUGGCUAACGCUAGCUAACUGCCCUCAGAAAUACAGCACGACUGAGCUCUCUAGUGGUCAUUCUAACAAUUACACAAAUAUGAGUAAGAGGUCAAGCCUGAGGCCUAAAUUGUGUUUAGAGAGCAGUCUCAAGGAUCAGAAACAAAGCCAAUUUCAAUCCAGUUUAAACCAUUCACUGCUAUGUUUAAUCACUAACUUUUAAAAUGCUUGGAUGCUUGUGUAAAGAGUAAAUUCCACAGCCCAGAAACAAGGUAUAUCAAUUGUUGCAUACUGCUGUUUUAAUGCCUUUGUUUUAAGACUUGUUGGCAAAGUCUUGUGUUAUGAUUGCUAGAGUUCUACAUAUGUUUGUGUUAUUUUUAUAUAUGGUUCUGUGUUCUGUACUUUGACUAUGGAUCUGUCUGUAUUACAGUAUAUCCUGCUUACCUGUGUUUUGACCCCCUCUUGCUAUGAUUAUAAAUAUUGUAUUGCCCAAAAUAAAGGUAUUCAGCACAUCACAGCAGCCUCACUCACACUCACAAAUAAAUAUGCAUUCACAUUCA